UAAUCAAUGACAGGAGUAGUAAGUGCUAAAAGGCGGAAUUGUUGUAUUUUGUUAAAAUACUUUAAUGUUCCUUCUUUAUUCCCACUUAUUAUCUUCGCUGGAUCAUGAUGUCGACCACCGAAGGCGAGCUAGACGUCGAGGUGUCUCAUGAACGUGAAGAAGGAGAGUUGGAGGAUUCAGAUGUGGAAGAGGGCACGUAUAUACCGCUGGCGCGGCCAGAAGCGUUCAAUCCGCCGUCGCUGGUGAACAUGCAGAUCCAGGACGAGAUUAGCGACGAGGGUUCGGCGCAGGAAUCCUCAGGGUCGGACUCGGAGGAGGAGCCGCGGCGCCGACCGAAGCGCACGAAACUGAGGCCGAAACGCCCGCAGCAGUCGCAGCCGGACAAAAAAGACAAAUAUAAUGUUUGGUGCAAAGCAUUGCAGGAAGACUUACUAACAGAAGACAUGGUCAGCUGCGAUGUCACAAAGAAAAGCAGAUAUGGUGUUGAAUCUUAUGAUUAUACUAUUAAGUAUAGAUUAGACGAUAGCUAUAUUCCUAAAAAUGUAUUCACUAGCAAUAACUUGGAGGAUGAUAAUACGUCAAAGAAACGGAGACAUUCAGACAGGUCUAAUGUGAAACUACGGCUCGGUAAAAGGGCAAUGAAUGAAGAUCAUAGUAGUAAGCAGCAGCCUAGGGUAGUAGAUGAUUUGGUGGCGACUUCAGAGGAUCCUAUAGAUGUAAUUGCUUUGGAAAUUGCUGACAAGUUGCAGGAAGAGAAGAAGGACUUAGUAGGUAGGAUUGUACAGGUACUAGGCGCAAGUAAGGCUAUAGAAAUAUACAAGGAGACACAAAGGGUUGAGGCUGAUGGAGGCAUGCUGGUCAUGAACGGGACCCGUCGACGGACCCCCGGCGGCAUCUACUUCUUCCUCCUGAAGCGGGACGAUGAGAUCUCGCAGGAGAUGAUCAACCAGAUCUUCAACGAGGAGCGCAAAGAAACCGCGCGGCGUAUUAAGCGGGCUCGGGCGAAGAGUCGCCAGAAGGUCAUGGAGCAGCUGAAACAGAGUCUCACAGAAUCCGAGCUGCCCACGCUGCUGUCCCGCGGCGAGGCGGCGGCGCCGACGCCGGCGGGCUCCAACCCGCCGCCGUCGCCCGCCACGGACGCGCGCGACGGCUCCUCCGACACCGACGCGCCCGACGCGCCCGCCCGGCCCGCCCGGACCGAGCGCGGCCUGCACAACUACGAUGAUGACGAUUACUUGGAGGUUAUGUGUAACGAUGAUAUGGAUAUGUUCUAAAAAAGUUGGUCCGGGACGAUUCUCGUGUUAAUAAGUUGUCUUCAUAAAAGUGAUCAAUUCGAAUGUUCCUACGGCCGUCGCCCCCUUCCCGCGACCCGACCGGACCGAACGAGGUUUGUAGACCUUCGAUGAUGAUGAUUACUUGGAAAUUUUGUGUAAUGAUAAUAUGGAUGUUUUAAAAAUGUUGGCCUGGGGCGGUUCUCGAGAGUAUUUUUAAUAAGAUUAAGUGGAGUGUACUGUGAGGCCUGACUUGAUAAAAAAAUAGAAUGUACACUCCGUUUAGAUGGAAUGUCGACCUUCAUUAAAAACAACCUCCGGGCCCUCGCCGCCUAAAAGAGGAGCUGACGACCCCUCUAAACCCAAGUUAGUGCCUAAAAUCUGAAUUUCAAAGCAAUUAAAGCAUUAUUUUGUAUAAUUGCAUUAUUGUAAUAUUUAAUUUCGAUUGAAUCCCCCCAAAAUUUACAGUCCACUGUUUCGAAAUCGCACAUUUAUUAUUUGGUAGCACAAAGUAGCAUUUCAUUUAUCCCGUAAAAUUUUCGAUCAAAUGAAAUUCGGAUUGAAUACAACUAGAUUCAAACUUCCUUAGCUAGACUUUGGUAUGGUGGGUGGCACGAGAAUAGUCAGGGGUCGACAAAUUUUUGAUGAAGAGCGAACCACAGUACACUAAUGAUUUCAGUUUUAGACAUGUCAUAGAGCCACAAAAGUUGAUUUGACUGGUCUAAUGUAAGUGUUAAUUGGUGCCUUGUAGAGCCUGAAUUUCAAGUCCAAAGAGCCGCGUUUGCCAACUCGUGGUCCAAGUUCUUUCCCGUUUCUUCAUGACAGGGUCGCGACCACAUGAUGUCGUUAUUUUGUGCACCAAGCCUCUCCAUUCUGCACGAUUUUCCGCCUUCCUAAUAAUAGGCGCCUGUGUAGGAAUCUAGGCCGGCCAGCGGGUUGGAGGAUGUUGUAAAAAUGGCUAUUCUGAGUACUAUCUGGAUUUUCUUUAACGACAACGUGUCGUGACUGGCGCAGUACAUUGAGAUUGACAAUUUAUGCGAGAAUCGUCCCAAUAUAAUAAAUAAAUGUAAAAAACAAUAUACCGCGCUGGCAAAUAAUUUGAAUUUGUGGGGCUGUGUA